AUGGCGCGGGAACCAGAGGAAGCACAAUUCAUUGGCGUCGCAGAGGGCGACAUUGGGGAUGCCCAGGAGGUCCAUGACCUUGACGACGGAGAUCAAGGGGGCAUCUCCGACUCCAGCGACGACGAAGCGGGCUCCACAGGCGUGGAUGCUGCAGAGUACGAGGACGACUCUAUACACACGUUCGAGGGGCAUCAAGAUGGCGUAUACGCUGUGGCCUGGUGUCCCACCAAGAAGGACCUCGUCGCUACCGGGGGAGCGGACGACAAGGCCUUCCUGUGGCGGGUAGGGCACGAUGCGUUUGAGGAAACUGGCGGCGCUUUCUUCCAGCUGGACGGGCAUGAGGACACCGUGGCGUCGCUGGCCUUCAACCACGACGGCAGCCUCCUGGCCUCUGGCGGCAUGGACGGCGUGGUGAAGGUCUGGGACACGGAGACAGGGGCCUGCCUGCAGACCCUGGACGGCCCCGGCGACGCCGUGGAGUGGGUGGCCUGGCACCCGCGCGGCGACGUGGUGCUGGCCGGCACUGCCGACUUCUCCGCAUGGAUGUGGGAGGGCCGGCGCGGCGCCUGGAUGGCCACCUUCUCCGGGCACACCGCUCCUGUGGCCGCCGGCGCCUUCACCCCCGACGGCCGCGCCGUGGUCACCGCCGGCGGCGAGGGCGACGCCAGCCUGCGCGUCUGGGACCCGCGCUCCGGGGCCUGCACCGCCAGCGUGUCCGGCCACCCCUUCCACGCCGCAGGCGUGACGUGCCUGGCGCUGUCGCCCGACGGCGCCUCGGCGCUCACCGGCUCUGAGGACGGCGCGGCCAAGGUCGUGUCGCUGGGCACGGGGCGCGUCGGCGCGACCCUGGUCACCGACCCCGCCCGCCCCGGUCACGAGGACCAGGGCGAGCGGGCGGGGGUUGAGGCCCCGCUGGUCUUCACGGCGUGCAUGGACGGCGCGGUGCGCGCCUGGGACGCGCGCAGCGGGCGCUGCAACGCCUGCUUCAGGGGCCACGAGGCCCCCGUGCAGGACCUGGCCGUCAGCCCCGACGGGAAGCUGGUGCUGGCGGGGGCGGAGGACGGCGCGGCGCGCGUGUUCAGCCUGGAGGAGGGCAUCGCGCGCAUGGUGGCGGAGCAGGGGCAGCGGCCGGAGCCGUGA